GUAGAUAUCAUUUCAGUUCAGGAAAAUUGUACGGCCGUGUAUCAACUAUGUUUAACAUAUUGUCAUUCUUUUUUAUGUUAUUUAAUUUUUUAUUGACAUACUCAGAGGCCAAAAUUCUUCAAGGACACCUUGUAACACGUGAAAAUUGGGCAUUUUUAGCAAGAUUCUGCUUCUUAACGCAACAAGGCACGUUUCGGUACGAAUUCGAAUUAGGAGGCAAAGAACAAGAUUUAAAAAUACUAUUGUAUUAUGAUGCACCUGAUCAGUGGCCAAGCGUUUACCCUUCGAAUAAAACAUGCAUAGAAAAAGAAGCUAUACUUUGGGACGGAAUUGGUCAAAUAGUACCAUUAUCGACAUUAACAUCUGAACAAUCAGGAUGCGUCGAAGAAGAAGAAACAGUACGAUGUUCUAGUCAUCGAAGAUUUCGAUCAUCUCGUCCGAGAUGGUGGUUUAUCGCAUUAGCAGAUUGUUCAUCAAAAACUGGACUAAAUGUGUCGUAUUGGAUAUCGUUAACAAAUGCGCCGCAUGGUCAUUUUUGGAAAGAACAUUUUUCAGCAGACGAAUUCUAUAUACUACCAGAACUGAUAACAAUUGCUUGUAUUUACAUGAUACUUGUAAUACUUAGUUUUUACAUAGCCAUACAACUAAGGGCAAGAAGACUACUACAUGUUUCUUACAAAAUAUUUAUAGCCUCACUACUUUGUCAAUUAGUAGGAAUAUUAUUUGAGAUUUAUAGUUACAUAAAUCUUGGUUUAAGAGGAAUACCAACAGAAAAUGCUUAUUUAUUAGGUCAACUUCUAGAAGCAUGUUCAGAUAUUUUGUACACUGUACUUAUGUUAUUACUGGCUCUUGGUUUUACAGUGACUAAGAGCGUUUUAACAGCCAGGCAAACUCGAUGGCUUAUAUGUUUUAUUUGUCUGAUUUCUUUCUGUCAAUUUUCAUUGUAUAUUUACCAAUCCGAUGUCUUUGAUCCUGGAUUGGUAUUGUAUAUUUAUGAAUCACCACCAGGCUAUGGAUUAAUAAUACUGAAAUUGAUUGCAUGGAUUAUAUUUUCUCUUCGAUGUUUUAAAACCGUUAGAAAAAUGUCAACAAAACUUCAUUUUUAUGGUUCAUUAUUUUCAUUGGGAUCAGCAUGGUUUUUAUGUCAUCCAUUAACGGUACUCUGCAUUACUUUAUUAGUGGAUGAGUGGGUACGAGAAAGCGUUGCUAAAGGAUGUUUGUUAUGGACUAUUUUUAUGGGACAUAUAAUGUUUUUAUACAUCACCAGACCAUCUAUGGCUAACAAACGUUUUCCAUUUCAUAUUAGAACAUGUCAAGUCAUGCCUGUUGGUGGUGAAGGACAAGAUCACAGUUAUGAACCUCAUGUUAGAACAACAAGCUCUGCAUUCACUAUUUCACACUUAACGCCAUCUACUUUGCAAUAUUAAUAGUAAGGGUACUUCAAAACACCUGAUAACUUGUAAUUGUAUGCUGAGUCUUUUACUACUUCUCUCUUUUUUUUUUUUUUUUUUUAAUGUU